AAAAGGAGAUAUAUAUUUUUCCACAAUGAAUGCAGUGAAAGAAACUGAAGUGCCAUGGAAAUUUUAGAUUCUAAUUCUCCGUCCAUGUAACAUUGUUUUAAGCAUCUUUAUCCUCAGGUUUUGUAGCUCCAUCUUUCCUUCUAUUAUUGUAGUAUUAUUCUGCCUACAUAUCAAAUCCUGACUACACAUACUUUCUUUAUGCUAGUUGCACCUGCAACUUAGCUCCUCCCCUCUUCUUUAUAUGUACUCCCUUCAGUCCAAUUCUAAUACACAGCCCACCUCCAAACUUAACUCAUACUAUUCAAUUCAUCUCCUCUAACCUGGUUCUGUCCAGCUUGUUUGCCUGCCAAAAUCAUUGCCCUUUAAUUGUUUCCCUGGAAAAUCAACCAAAAAAUUUUUUGAUUUAACUGUUGACAAUACGGGAAACGUGAAGCAACGGGAGUUAACAGGGUUGGAAGGACUUGUAUUAAUUCACUGGAGAAUGAAUGGGAAAAAGGAAGCUGUUGAGAUCAACAUUCCACCUUCUUCCAAGGCUAAACAUCUUGAGACUGAGAAGAAAUCUGUCUUUGAAGGUUUCUCAUGUGCUAAUUGGAUAUGGAAGGUUUGGGAAUUUUGCAAGGAAGAUAGCAAAAGGUUGACAUUCUCAUUCAAAGUUGGGCUAGCUGUUCUUCUUGUGUCUUUGCUCAUACUUCUCCGAGCACCUUAUGAAACUUUUGGCACCAACAUCAUUUGGUCCAUCCUUACUGUUGCCAUCAUGUUUGAAUACACAGUCGGUGCAACAUUUAAUCGAGGAUUCAACCGAGCACUUGGGAGCUUGCUUGCAGGGAUCUUAGCUAUUGCUGUUGGUCAGUUGGCUCUGCAUGCUGGCCGGGUUGCUGAACCUUUUAUAAUAGGAAUUAGCAUAUUCCUGAUUGGAGCUUUAACAUCAUUCAUGAAACUAUGGCCUUCUUUUGUGCCAUACGAAUAUGGUUUCCGGGUCAUACUCUUCACUUUCUGUUUGAUCAUUGUUUCUGGAUAUCGAAUGGGGAACCCUGUUAAAACUGCCAUGGAUAGACUGUAUUCUAUUGCCAUUGGAGGUUUUGUAGCAGUCUUUGUGAAUGUACUUGUUUUUCCUAUAUGGGCCGGAGAACAAUUGCAUAGAGAGUUAGUCAACAAUUUUAACUCAGUAGCAGACACCCUUGAAGAAUGUGUGAAGAAAUAUUUAGAAGAUGAAGGAUUAGAUCAUCCAGAAUUCUCCAAGACUGUCAUGGAUGAGUUUCAAGAUGAGCCUGCCUACAGGAAAUGCCGAGCCACGUUGAACUCUUCAGCCAAACUGGAGAACCUGGCUAAUUCGGCAAAAUGGGAGCCACCACAUGGAAGGUUCAGGCACUUCUUUUAUCCAUGGUCAGAGUAUGUUAAAGUAGGAGCAGUCCUACGCUACUGUGCUUAUGAGGUUAUGGCCCUCCAUGGAGUUCUACACUCUGAGAUUCAGGCACCAUAUAAUCUCCGAAUCGCAUUCCAGACAGAGAUCCUUGAUGCAACAAGCCAGGCUGCAGAGCUGGUGAGGAGAUUGGGGAAAGACAUAAGCAACAUGAAGAGAAGCGUCACGACAUCCUUGCUAAAGAGGGUUCACAGCUCAAUUGUAAGACUGCAGCGUGCCAUAGACAUGCAUUCUAAUCUCCUUACCUCCUAUUCUGAACCUCUUGACAAUUCUUCCAAUCCAGUCAAGCUUUCUGAGACUCCGUCAACAAAGCUCAAUGACAUUGCGGAUUUUGACAGCAAUAGCCUUGAAAAGAACCUGAGUAUGCAAACAGGUGAUCUCUCACGAACACAGGGAGAGUCGUCCCAUGAGAUGAUGAGGAAGCAAUCGAGAAGGAUGCAUUCUUGGCCGUCCAGAGAGGUGGAUGCUUUUGAAGACGAGGGAGGAAUUGGAGCAGCCUUUUUGCCGAUGAGAACAUUGGAGACCACUGCAGCAUUGUCACUUGCCACCUUCACUUCAUUGCUGAUUGAGUUCGUGGCUAGACUUGAUCACCUGGUUGACGCUGUUAAUGAUCUCUCAAUGAUGGCUAAGUUUAAAGAUGAGGGACUAUAGGGAAAGAGUCUGCAACAUACAGAACUCAAUAUUGUAAUAUCCUACAUGUCUUACAAAAGAUACUAUUAAAAGGGGGGAGUAUGUAAAGGGGAAAUCUGGAAGAUGUCUUGCAUACAAAAUAAAAUUUUGAUCUACUU